AUGUUCCCCCUGGCCCAGUUCGGGGUGCUAUCGGCCUUGGCCACCGCGCUCACCUCGGUCCUGUCCGCGCUCCUGCUGCUGGCGCUGACCCGGCAGCUGUGGAGCCUCCGCUGGAGCCUGACCCGGGACAAAGAGAGCAGCCUGCCGCUGCCGAAGGGCUCCAUGGGCUGGCCGCUGGUCGGAGAGACUUUCCACUGGCUGUUCCAGGGUUCAAACUUCCACAUCUCGCGCCGAGAGCGCCAUGGCAACGUGUUUAAAACCCACCUCCUCGGGAAGCCGGUCAUCCGGGUGACGGGUGCAGAAAACAUCCGCAAGAUCCUGCUGGGGGAGCACAGCCUGGUGUGCACCCAGUGGCCCCAGAGCACCCGCAUCAUCCUGGGGCCCAACACGCUGGUCAACUCCAUCGGAGACUUGCACAAGAGGAAGAGGAAGGUCCUGGCCAAAGUGUUUAGCCGGGGGGCUCUGGAGUCCUACCUGCCCCGGCUGCAGGACGUCGUCAAGUCUGAAAUCGCCAAGUGGUGCUCGGAGCCGGGCGCCAUCGACGUGUACAGCGCCGCCAAGUCGCUGACGUUUCGCAUCGCAGUCCGGGUGCUGCUGGGCCUGCAGCUGGAGGAGGAGCGCAUCGUCUACCUGGCGAGGAUCUUCGAGCAGCUCAUGAACAACCUCUUCUCGCUGCCCAUCGACGCUCCGCUCAGCGGGCUGCGCAAGGGGAUCAAAGCCAGAGAAAUCCUGCACGCCAACAUGGAGAAAAUCAUCGAGGAGAAGAUGGAGCGGCAGCAGGCGGACGAGGAAUAUUACGACGCCUUCGACUACAUGCUGUCCAGCGCCAAAGAGCACGGCCAGCAGCUCAGCAUCCAGGAGCUCAAGGAAACGGCGGUAGAGCUGAUCUUUGCCGCUCACUCCACCACAGCCAGCGCCUCCACGUCGCUGGUCCUGCAGCUGCUUCGGCACCCGGCGGUGCUGGAAAGAGCCAGAGCAGAGCUGGAGGCCGAAGACCUCGGCUUCGACUCUCACGGCAGCCCGUCCAGCGCGAACACGGACAAAGAGGAAAGUUCUGCAGACCCGGAGACGACCCGCCUGCUGAACGGAGGCUGUCCGAGGGAUGACGGUGGUUUUCCACUGUCCCGGUCUCAUUUACCGUAUCUGAGCCUGGACAAGCUGAGUCAGCUCCGAUACAUCGACUGUGUGGUCAAAGAGGUGCUUCGCUUCCUGCCGCCGGUCUCUGGCGGUUACCGGACAGCCCUGCAGACGUUCGAACUAGACGGCUACCAGAUCCCCAAAGGCUGGAGUGUAAUGUACAGCAUCCGGGACACCCAUGAGACGGCAGCGGCCUUCCAAAGCCCAGAGAUGUUCGACCCGGAGCGGUUCGGGCCGGACCGGGAGGAGAGCCGGUCGGCCCGGUUCAGCUACGUGCCGUUCGGAGGCGGCGUUCGGAGCUGCGUGGGGAAAGAACUGGCGCAGAUCAUCCUAAAGACUCUCGCCGUGGAGCUGACCGGGACGUGCAAAUGGACCCUGGCUACGGAGAACUUUCCCAAGAUGCAAACGGUGCCGAUCGUGCAUCCGGUUAACGGGCUGCACGUGCAUUUCAGCUACAACUACCCGCUUUAGAUAGUAACACAGACUGACAGACUUUCCAAAAAAAUGAAUACAAACUCACCCAACUGAGCCUUCUCUGCUUCUG